UACGUCCCCCGCUCCGGGUCUCAGGUCCGGCGCUUCCGGUAGGCCUCCCAGGGCGUCCCGGCUUCAGGGAGGUGGCGGCGGCGGCUACUGUCUGCUGAGCCGUCGGCGGGCUUCCAUCGUAAGGUGGUGUGGGAGCAGCGGCGCCUGCAAAGCGGUGUUCAUCAUGUUCUCCUUCAACAUGUUCGACCACCCGAUCCCCCGCGUCUUCCAGAACCGCUUUUCCACGCAGUACCGCUGCUUCUCCGUGUCCAUGCUAGCCGGGCCUAAUGACAGGUCAGAUGUGGAGAAAGGAGGGAAGAUAAUUAUGCCGCCCUCGGCCCUCGAUCAACUCAGCCGGCUUAACAUCACUUACCCCAUGCUGUUCAAACUAACCAACAAGAACUCGGACCGAAUGACGCACUGCGGUGUGCUGGAGUUUGUGGCUGACGAGGGCAUCUGCUACCUGCCCCACUGGAUGAUGCAGAAUCUGCUGCUGGAGGAAGGGGGCCUGGUUCAGGUGGAGAGCGUCAACCUGCAAGUGGCCACCUACUCCAAAUUCCAGCCGCAGAGUCCCGAUUUCCUGGACAUCACCAACCCGAAAGCCGUGUUAGAGAACGCGCUCAGGAACUUUGCCUGUCUCACCACCGGGGACGUGAUUGCCAUCAACUACAACGAGAAGAUCUAUGAGCUGCGGGUGAUGGAGACCAAACCAGACAAGGCCGUGUCCAUCAUCGAGUGUGAUAUGAACGUGGACUUUGAUGCACCUCUGGGCUACAAAGAGCCCGAGAGACAAGCCCAGCACGAGGAGUCGGCAGAAGGCGAGGCUGAGCACAGUGGCUACACUGGGGAGCUGGGCUUCCGUGCCUUCUCCGGCUCUGGAAACAGACUGGAUGGAAAGAAGAAAGGGGUGGAGCCCAGCCCCUCCCCACUCAAGCCUGGAGACAUUAAAAGAGGAAUUCCCAAUUAUGAAUUCAAACUUGGUAAGAUCACUUUCAUCAGAAAUUCACGUCCACUGGUCAAAAAGGUUGAAGAGGACGAAGCUGGGGGCCGCUUCAUCGCUUUCUCUGGAGAAGGACAGUCGUUGCGUAAAAAGGGAAGAAAGCCCUAAGUGGGGGCUGUCGGCUGACUGGAAAAUAAAGAAUCCGUUACAGCUUACUGGCUUUUGCUUACUGGCUCUCACCAGGGAGGAGACUCAGCAGAGAACACUCUGGUGUUAGGGUUUGAAAGAUCAGCUCUGACCUGGGCGUGCAGCAGCUGGGGUUCCCGCAGGCAGCCACUCCCUGGGGCCCCUCAUUUUCAGCCUGGGGCUGGGGGAGGGGCUCCCACUGCCUCCAGGGGAGCAGAGCUCCCUGAUUCCUGACAAAACCAUCACUCCAACUCGGGGUGCUGUUCCUCUUCCUUCCUUCAUUCUUUUCCCAGGUCGAUUGCCUCAGCCUUGGCUUUGGCCUAGAAAAAAAGUGGUUUCGCUAGUAAGAGCUGUGCUCUAUAAAAAAUGGCUAUUGCACUGCUUUGGCUGCAGUUUAAGAAUCUGAGAAAGGGUGUUCCUGCUUCUACUUUACGUAUUGAUUUUUUUCCCUCAAAUAUACCACUUCUCAGCAAGGAAACCCUGGUGUGAGUCAAGUUCACACUUUGAUUUUGAAUUUGUAUGGGGAGCAACUCCGUGGCCACACAGAUGUGAAUGUUAGAGUGGGUGAAUGCUAACGGUGAUGUUCCUCUUGCUCCUCCUUCCCUACACCUAUACCCCCCUCCCGAUUUUCAUCUAUUGCAUUGUCCAGGGUUCUGCCAACCUGUCUUUAUUUUUGACAACUAUUAAUCUGGUCUCAGAUCUUCACUUUCUAUAUAAUGUGAGUGAGAUCUUUUGACAUGCUGAUCCUAUCAUUUUGAAUUUGUUCCUUCCAAAUAAUUCUAAAUCAAGAAUAUCCAAUAAAAACAGGCAAAUGUGCAAAACCCGGAUUGUCUCUCUAUGUCUGAUUAGGUACUGACUCGGGUGAGUGGCUGACCAGGCGUUGGAGGCAGGCCCCAUGCAGCUGUCCCAUGUGCUGUAUGCUCCUGGGGCUUCUGCAAAACUCAGGCUCCUGGCCCCUGGGGUGGGUUGAUCCAGGCCAGCCAGAUGCCCUGGCUGGGGCUCCUGGCCACACUCGGGAGAGGGGAGGUGCCCUCUCCAGUUUCAGUCAGUGAGGAGCAGAGAUGGUCGCGCUGCUUCAGGCUCUGACCUCUGGUGCAGCUGCCACUUUGUCACUGACAGCGGCCAUUGCUGAUUCUGGAAGGCAUGAAGGCCUGCAGUGACCUCAGGGUCCCUAGCAGAGGUGGAAGCCCUCCUUGGUGGGUGGGGCGGCCUCCAAGUGCAGGAUUGCAUUGGCUGGCAAGUGGCCAUUUUGUGCAUAAUGAGUGGAGGUAGGCCGGGCCCUGGGUUUCUGUUUUCACCAUGCCACCCCUGCUGUGUGCAUGCAAUGAAACCCUCCCUUUUCCUUCCCUGGAGGCACAGUCCCCUUCCUGGGCAGGGGGAGACCCCACUGUUGGGCCGUUUAGCUUUGGCCCUGGAUGUUACUGCUGCAGCUUUCCUCUCUGUCCUCUCCGGCACUUGGACAGUGAGGUAGCACGUCAACAGCCAGUCUCGUGGUAAAACCACAGCUUCCGGGGACCAGCGCUCUGGCACAGUAAGUGAGCCCCUGGCUGCCCCACUUCUGAUCCAGCUCUCUGCUGAUGGCCUGGGAAAGUGGUGGAAGAUAGCCUAAGUGCUUGGGCCCCUGCAUCUGCAUGGGAGACACAGAAGCAGCUCCUGGCUCCUGGCUUAGGUUCAGCCCAGCUCUGGCCAUUGUGGCAUGAACCAGUGGAUGGAACACCUUUCUCUACGUAACUCUACCUCUCAAAUACAUCUUUAAAAAACAAACAAACAAAAAAACCCACAGCUUCCCAAGCCACCUUCCAUGUUGCUCCUGGGGUUUCCCCAGCCAAUGGUUCUGUUCACAGAUGUGGGAGACCCACAGCACGGGUGUCCCGGGGAGCUUCUACACGCCCGGCCCCUUCUGUACUUGGCCUCAUUGUCUCUGUGCUGAUGGCCCACACCCUCAGGAAAGCAACCCUGGCCACCCCAGCUGUGCCAGACAGCCAGCUCCGGCCAGCUCUGAUGGCCCUUGGUCCCAGGACAUGCGUCACGCCCAAACAGCCUCGGUCACUUUGCGAGCGCCACUCUACCCUGAGUGGACACCAUGGCGACACCACUGCAGCUGAAGACCUAGGGGGUCAGCUGGCGCAGAGUUGAGCUGUAUGUGUUUGCAGAAAUAAAUCGGAUCUUUGAGGUCAAGGAAGAUAACAAAGCUGCCAAAAAGAUCUGGCCUGAACCAUAUCCUUGCAGCCAAAUCAACGUGGCUUCGCUGCCCCCAACGCCCGCUGGUCACCAGGCAGGUGGCUGCUGCCGGCCUCGGGACACGCCCUCUCGCCCGCCCCCUCUGGGGACCCGCCUCUUCGCACGGCCCCGCCCCCGGCUGUGAUUGGCUGUUUAGUACAGGCGUGCUGAUUAUUGGUGCCUUUCAAGGAGGCGAGCGAGGAGUUCGUCGUAGUAUCUUGGAGUUAUUGGCUCUUCUGUCCAUCCAUCAGCCGGCGCCGGCUUUCUUCAUGCCUCAUUGGCUGACGGGUGAAAGCGGGGAUUUGGUAGUGGCCCAGACAUGGCUGACGGCGGCGGCGGCUGGCAGCGAUCCCUCUGUGAGAGUGAGCGGGCGCGGGUCCAGGCCGCACAGAAGCACGCCCUGGUGUGGACUCCGAGGCAGAGCCCUCCUGCAGACUGGCACCUCCCUCUGCCACAGGAGGAGAAGGACGAGUGACGGGCACCCCUCCACCCUCGGCUGGUGUGGCUUCAUUGGAUCUGUGACCAACCCCGUCUAGUGGGUCCUGCCUCCUCCCUCCCGGCUCGAGACACAGAGUGGGACGCAGGCAGCCCGACCUGUCCACUCUUCACUGCCUCAGCGCUCCCGCCACUGCAAUGCUCUGAAAGUCAAGUGCACCCACCCCACAGCUUCCAGGAAGCCAAGCACUGUGGCAGGUACCUGGCCCCUUCCAUCCCCGCCCCCAGAGAUGGCAGUCCUCAAGGCUAGGAGUCUCAGGCAAACCCCUGGCGGGGAGUCCUGACCUGUGAGGACCCACAUAGGUGGGCCAGGAUGAGGUUGCUAAACAGAGGUGCUGCUGUGAGCGCCUCUCCCUGUCCUUGGGGCACAGGCUACCAUGCACCAGGCUUGGUGACUCCCAUGUGUGGCCAGCUGCUGGCCAAAAAGCAUGGCACGCCCAUUCUGCUCGGCUCCACUGGUGCCUCUGCACCAACGUGCUUCCCCCCAGAACAUACCACCUUGCAUGGAAAAAAGACACUUGGCUUAAGAAAUCCAAGCCCAAGACAUGGGGUUUAGGUCUCCUUUCUUUAAAAUCUCCUCCCUGGGCAUUAGUGUAUUGUGUAUUAGUGUAUCAGAUUCCAAAUAAAAGCUGAAAAUUAA